AUGGGUUGCCUCAGUCAUCGCAGCAAGGAGACACGGCAAUAUACUGACCAAAAAUGGGAUUACAUUAACCUCUCCGACUUCAAGGCCAAGGGCUGCGGCGCCGUCUUUGCAUACAUCACCCUCUGGAUGGGCCUCAUCAUCUCCCUCACCGUCUACGGAGUCGAUACCUUUACUGCUGUCCAAUUGCUUGUCUUCAACCGAUGGUCGUCCGAGAUCGAGCCCGCCAUUCCCUUUUCCGUUUCGAAAUGGAUCUUUUCAGUUUGCAUCAUUUUGUCCUUUGUCAACCUUGGAUUUGAAUGGAUUCGGGCAGCUCGAAAGAUUAAACGAGGAAAUGUUGCCGAGGUUUAUCUUGACAGUCUGGCUGUCCGCUGGGAGUCAAUCCGUCUGGGGUCUGGCCAAGGUUUUAAGCGAUUCCUUGUCUUUACCGAGCUCACCAAGAGUAAAAAGGGCGCCGAAUACAUUGCCCUGUUUACUUACUUUAGCUUUCAAUCCUGGAUCCGAGUUCUAUUCUGUACAAGCCCGCGACAGGUAGUCAAUGCCUUGACUCUCAGAUCUGUCUAUCUCGCCAAGCUCGCUGUUAGCUCAAACUCAGUCGGAGGCUCUAUCUCGGAAUUCUUUGACAAGAUCAAGACACUUGCGCAACAAGACUUUCGACAGGCUGCCAUUCUUGGAGGCAUGUGCUUCACAUUGGUUGUCUGGGUCUUUUCAGCUCUGUACUUGCUUUCCGCCGUCCUCUUCUACGUCUGUUUCCUCUUUCACUGGAUUCCCCGCGCCGACGGUGGCCUGACAGGAUACUGUGAGCGAAAAGUCAACAGCGCUCUGCUCAAGAUUGUGACCAAGACGGUCAACAAGGCACUCGCCAAGGGGCAGGCAGACAGGAUGAAGAGAGCCAUGACCGAGAAAGGCGAGGCUCACCCAGACACAUCGCUUCCAACACUACCAAAUGUCGGUAUCUUCGCGCCACAGCAACAAACUGGUGUCACUGCACCUUUGCCCGCGUACACGUCGAAUCCAGGGACCCCGGUCGGAGACUUUAAGCGACAGAUGCCCCCGCGAAGCAUGACGGGAGCCUCAACCAUGAGCUAUUCUUCUCGGGCUCCACUGGUCAGUUCCGCUGCCGAUAUGGGAUACUCGAAUAACACCAGGUCGGCCUCCCCCGAAGACAUGCUCCCAGCCAUGCCGUACCUGCAGAGGACUGGGACUGGGGACUCUAUGAGAAGCACAGACAUGAACCACAUGCGUUCUGGCUCAAAUUCUUCAUAUGGUCAGCCGCGUUCUCAAAGCCCUCCAAGCAAUGGUCCUCGGCUGGAUAUGAGCCACAUGCGGACUGGCUCAAACUCAUAUCGACAGCCAUUCUCUGAAAGCCCCGCGAGCAUGGGUCCGGCGGCUGCAUCGUCAAUGUACGCGCCGUCGACAAGGUCAAUUCCGUCGCGUGUCCCCGACCAGUAUGGCAAUCGUCAGCAGAUGCAAGACGAUGCCCAAUCUUUCCGAGGUCCGCCACCCAGGUCGUAUACCUUCAACAAUGAAGGUCGAUCCAGCCCAGCACCAUCCGCGGCAGGGUCAUCUUACUCAAGAGCCCCUCAGCAACCCGUGAGAAGCGCGACAAGUCAAGUGCCCUUGCGUGGGAUGCGAUUCACUCCUCAGAGGGUGAUGACUGAGCCAAUGUCUAGCCGUGCACCGGGAGACAAUUCCUACAGCGGAAAUGGAUCACGGAUGCCGCAACCCAGACAGCCGCUUCGUCAAAAUUCCCAGGACUUUUACAAUCCACAAGCUCAAGCUCAAGGUCAAUCUGGAUCAACAUAUGGGUCAGCAUAUGGAUCAGCAUACGGAUCAGCAUAUGCAUACGAUGUUGAGGCGCAGAACAAUGGUAGAUAUUAG